UAGAUCUAUUUCUUAAAAUAGAUCUAGAUCUAGUAUUUAGAUCUAUAGUGAAUCUAUUGCGCAUGCGUUGUUGUCAAUAGCAAGGCUUCUUCAAACAAAAUGGCGUUCACCGCGAGAUACUACCCAAAUCCUAAUGAAGAUUUUGUUUUACUCGGUGGACAACCUUUCUAUGUUAGAGAAAAACCUGGAUUUCUCUCUAACUCAAUGUUGACUGAUACAACGAAAAAUUUAACUCAGCAUGAGUAUCAUUCUGAAAAUUAUGGAGAUGAUCCACAGCUCAGAGGCUCACUUCGAACAAUAUCCCGCAGCCUGAAUCGGGUCAGUGGAGAUAUUCGAAAAACACUUCUCAAAGAUAAUGCUGCUGAAUUACAAAAAAGUUACACACAACAAGAACUGAAUGAAACACUAAGGGAUGCCUUAAACAGAAAUCUUCGUCCAUUCACUUCUUUAUCGCAACUGGACUGGUACACAAAACCUAUUCAUUUAUCGUCAUCAGUAAAGAUUCCUAUGAAUGAAGAGGACAUGCUAGCGGCUCGUUAUUUUCCCGUUACACUUGGAGAAUCCAAAUCUAUUGAGAUGGUUAGUGAACUUAAACCAGGAGUAACAAAACAUUCAAAAAUGUUGGAUACUAAUUUUAAAUAUAGCACUGAAGAUUUAGAGCAGGUACAUAGACAAUUAAGAAAAAGUAAUGGACCAUCAAUUAAUGAUGCCUAUUUUCUUACUGCUGUUGCUCCAAAUAUCAAAACAGCUGGUAUAACAUUCACAUCUCCUUAUUCUGAAGAAUUAGCCAAGUUGAGAAUGGAAAAAUUACGUAUCCAGGAGCAGCAAUACUUAGAACUAAAGAGGCAAGCAGAGUUAGAGAAGAUUCGAGGGCCCAAACCCAAAUGGUAUGAACUGAAAACUCCAGAUUUUCAUCGUGAAGCUAAUAAAAAUAAUACCUUGUUACGCAAUAGUGACAAAUGGGAUGAACUUCUGCAGUACAGAGAAAGUUUACUGAGUGCUACCAAUCAGUUGAAAGCAGCACUUGAGGAUUAUAAAGUUCCUGUGUAUUAACAUUGUUCAGUCUAAUUCUGUAAUAAAUAAGUUACUUCAUUUGUAAAAACAAACAAUGUAUAUAGCUAUUUUAAGCCUUUUUUUUUUUUCAAUAAAUUUAUGCAUAUAUUUAUAUAUACUUAUAAACAGAAGUGAUUUUUGUCCUUAGUCAAAGAUUAACACUUGCUAUGCUGAUUAUUUAUUAUUUGUACUGCCUGGUCAUGCGCUUGACUGUCUUAAUCGUUCCAAGUUCAUCUCCUUCCUGCUGCCAUCUCCUGUUGUCCUGCGGAAGGUUUGGACUAAGAAGUAGAUUAUCUUCAAGUCUGAAGGAACAUCCAAAAUAUCUAAAGUUAACAUUUGAAAUAAAACUUAAUAAGAUUAAUUAUUAAAUAAAGUUAUUAAAUAUACGUUAACCAAGUAACCUGGACACACUGUGGAAAGAGAUUCAGGCGGUGUGCGAAAUCAGUGUUGACUCGUACUCAGUAUGUAUUGAUGCUGAAGGCCACCAGUUUGAACAUUACUCACAUUUAUUUUUCCAAUCGGACAUUAAGCUUUCCAUGUCCAGAAAUUUAGCAAUGUAGAACGGGAAAUAAAUUGUCUAUGACAGUUCAAAGUGUGUAUACAUUUUUUUGACGCACCCUGUAUAACUAACAUUCAGCCUUAAUCACUGUCUAGCAAAAUUAUAUAAAUAAAAAGCAUAUAUAUAUUGUAUAUUGUAAAAAAAAAAUAUGUUUGCGAUAUACCGGUAGAUAAAUGUACUUAGUUUAAGUAAUGUAGCUAUUUAACUUUAUUGAAAUGUAAUUAAUUAAAGUUCUUUUUUUACAGAUAUAGACCAUAGUGUCUAUAGGGAA